CUGAGGAAACAGCUCUGGAGAUCUUCUGCCCUACAUGCGGAUUAUCUGUGACAUCUUCCCAGAUGUUGGGACAUCAGGAAGCACUGCUCAUCAUUUACAUUUACAUACAAACCUUUUCUGCCUGUUGUGUGGGCUUACAACAGUUAAGAAGUUUUCUUUUAUGGCUAAAAAACGGAAAAGUUUGAACAGUGGAUAUUUGCUUUACCAAUGUGACAUCUGCACAUACUUGAAAUAGGCUAACAGAAGCAAAUGAGGAAGAAAGGAAUCAGUUUCAUGUUAAGACUUACCACCAUUUUGUCAUUUAUGUGACCGGAUGGCACGGAUAAAGAGACGUCCAUCAAGAGAAAGGGCACCUUAAAUGACAGACAUCUCAGAGGGUGACAUCAAAUAUGAGAAAAAGUGACUAAAAGUUAUGGAGCGCUGCGGUCAAGUCGAGCUAACUCAGCCGGUGAACACCACAAACGGCAGUUGUCUUCCUGAUCCAUCCACUGUGGAUGUCAGCGCAGAGAGUCUCGCCUAUCAGAUCAGUCUGGCGGUGAUUCUUUCCGGCAUAACACUCGCCACCACUUUAUCCAAUGCGUUUGUCGUAGCGAUAAUCUCCCAAUCGAAGAAACUGCAAACUCCUGCGAACUUUCUGAUCGCCUCUCUGGCCAUCACCGACCUGCUGGUGUCCAUUCUGGUGAUGCCCAUUUGUGUCCUCUACACGGUUAUCCACACCUGGACGUUGGGGCAAAUCGUGUGCGACAUCUGGCUCUCCUCGGACAUAACGUGUUGCACGGCGUCUAUCCUCCACCUGUGCGUAAUCGCUUUGGAUAGGUACUGGGCCAUCACGGACGCGGUGGAGUACUCCAAAAAGCGCACUCCGGGGCGCGCGGCCGGGAUGGUGGCCACAGCCUGGGUCAUCGCCAUCUCCAUCUCCCUGCCUCCUCUCUUCUGGAGGCAGGUUAAGGCGGAGGAGCUGACCAGCUGCAGCGUCAACACGGAUCAUAUUUUUUACACCAUCUACUCCACCUUUGGGGCUUUCUACAUCCCCACAUUGCUGCUCAUUGUCCUCUACGGACGGAUAUACGUCGAGGCUCGGAAACGGAUCCUGAAGCAGUCCCCCAAGAAGGUGGGGAAGAGACUCACCUCUGCGCACCUGGUCACCAACUCCCCGGGAUCCGUGGCGUCCACAACAUCUCUGCAGUGCGGAAGACACGACACCCAGUCCAGCGACACCGGGUCUUCAACAAGCGAGAACCAGGUGAAAGUGACGUUGUCGGACGCGCUUUUGGAGAAAAAGCGCAUUUCAGCAGCCAGAGAGAGAAAGGCGACCAAGACUUUGGGGAUAAUCCUCGGCGCUUAUAUCGUUUGCUGGCUGCCGUUUUUCAUUUACACAUUGGUGGUGGCCACGUGUGAGACAUGUUUUAACCCCGAGUUAUUUGACUUUUUCACCUGGUUGGGCUAUCUGAACUCCCUCAUCAACCCGAUCAUAUACACAAUGUCCAAUGAGGACUUCAAGAAAGCUUUCCAUAAACUUGUGCGCUUCAAGUGCUGCAGGUCGUGAACGAAUGUUUCUUCAGUCUCCCAUAAGAUUUAUUUAUGUAUUUAUUUUUGGAUAUGAAGUUCUAAAAGUAUAUGACAAUAUAGAAUAGUAAGAAUGCCAUGCAACAUAAUUUGUGGAACUCAUAGAAAUUAUGAGAUGUACAUGCAAAAGAAAACAACAUUCAUCUUUAGCCAUUUGGUCCAGUAUAUGGUGAUUUAAAAUGCCAGUUUUCAUAAAAGCAAAUCUGGAGUAUGAGUGUUUGACGUAACUUAAAGCUCAAACCACUGCAAGGCAAAAUUAUUAUUAUACUUAAUUAAAAAGGUUUAUUUAAUUAAAAAACAUGGAUGGAUUCCUGUUUGAAUGGUACAGUGCAUUAAAGAAAUGCACAGCCCGUUAUUCCCAUGCAAGGACUGACCUAUCAAUGUCAGUAAGUAGAAGAGAUCAGAGAGAUCAUGGACAGCUGAUUUGAUGAAAUGAAUCCUUUUUGCAUUAUGUGUAAAAAUUGGACUCCUACAUCGACAAUAUGUCCAUUUAUUCUGAAAAACAAAUACUUUUUAAUAUGUUCAUGGACUGCUUGCUACUACCAUGUAUGGUUGUCCUUUGUUAAUCACAAUCAUGCAUUUGAAAAAAGAGAAAAGAUUCAUAUCAGUGUCAAACAAAGAAACUGUAGCUGAUGUUUAACCAGCAGCGAAAGCUAAUCAUAAGUUCAAUUUUGCGGAACAAAUACAACCUUGUUUUACUGUGUGUGUGUGUGUGUGUGUGUGUGUGUGUGUGUGUGUGUGUGUGUGUGUGUUACAUUAAAUCUGUACCUACAGUAUGUUAUGUUCAUGCAUGAAAUGGUUUGCCAUCUCAUGGCUAUAGAGAGCUACAAAACAUUGUGAAAAAUUAUGUGAAAUAAAAGGUAUGUUGUUCUAGGAUCUGUUCACAUUCAGAGAUGCUGUGCAAUAAAGGCUUUAA